AUGUCGCCGCAAAGAAGAGUUGAAGAAGAACUUCACGAAAAUGCACAUAUUGAUUAUAGUCGUGUUUCCAUCACAUGGAAUCCUUCAGUUGCUCAAUUAUACGAAGAUGCCUUGAAAUAUGAAGAGGGAUCCGCCAUUUCUUCGACUGGAGCCCUAGUGACGGCUUCUGGUAAUAAAACUGGUCGCUCUCCUAAGGACAAACGUAUAGUUGACGAACCUGGUUCUUCUAAAAACAUUUGGUGGGGUCCCGUUAAUACAAAGUUACCCGAGCAUGUCUUUCUUAUUAACCGUGAACGUGCCGUUGAUUAUUUAAAUACUCGCAAGAGAAUAUACGUCUUUGAUGGUUUUGCUGGAUGGGAUCCCAAAUACCGUAUCAAAGUUCGUGUUAUAUCUGCUCGCGCCUAUCACUCUUUGUUCAUGCGAAACAUGUUAAUCCGUCCUACUGAAGAGGAACUCGAAUCUUAUGGCUCGCCUGAUUUCACCAUUUACAACGCCGGAGCUUUUCCAGCAAAUCGUUAUACCACUGGCAUGACCUCGACUACUUCUGUUGCCAUUAAUUUUCAUAUGAACGAAAUGGUCAUUCUAGGUACAGAAUUCAGCGUAAUGCAUUAUUACAUGCCUAUUAAGCACAAUGUUUUGUCAUUGCAUUCUUCUGCUAACGAGGGCCCCGAUGGUGACGUGUCAAUUUUCUUUGGUCUAUCUGGAACCGGAAAAACCACUCUCUCGGCUGAUCCAAAGCGUUCGUUAAUCGGUGACGAUGAACAUUGUUGGUCAGAUAAUGGUGUUUUUAAUAUUGAAGGUGGUUGUUAUGCAAAAUGCAUACACUUAUCUCCCGAAAAUGAACCGGAAAUUUUCCAUGCCAUCCGAUUUGGUUCAGUUUUGGAAAACGUUAUCUAUAACCCUCAUACUCGAGUUGUAAACUAUGAUGAUGAUGCAUUGACAGAAAACACGCGUUGCGCUUAUCCUAUAGAAUACAUUCCUAACGCCAAAAUACCAUGUAUUUCAUCAAAUCACCCCAAAAAUAUCAUUUUAUUAACUUGCGAUGCUUAUGGUGUCCUCCCACCAGUCUCCAAACUUACUUCAGCUCAAGCUAUGUACCACUUUAUUUCUGGUUAUACGGCCAAGAUUGCAGGAACAGAAGAUGGUGUUACACAGCCGGAAGCUACAUUCUCAGCUUGUUUUGGUCAACCUUUCCUUGUACUCCAUCCAGCACGUUAUGCAAAAAUGUUGGCCGAAAGAAUGGAACUUCAUUCAGCCGACGCUUGGUUGGUUAAUACCGGAUGGAACGGUGGCGCGUAUGGUGUUGGCGAACGCAUAAAGCUCAAAUAUUCCCGUGAUAUUAUAGAUGCCAUUCACUCUGGAGAACUUGCCAAAGCUAAAUAUGAACUUUAUGAUGUCUUUAAUUUACAAAUUCCAACAUCAUGUACGGGUGUUCCAUCUGAAAUUCUAAAUCCUUCAAAAACUUGGAAAGGGUCUGAAGAGAGUUAUGUUAAAACUCGGAAUUUACUUGCCCAAAGUUUUAUUAAAAACUUUAUGCAAUAUGAAGACCAGGCUUCACCCGAAGUUUUGUUGGCUGGUCCAAUGCUUUCCUCAGCUUGA